GCCAUGUCGUUGAGCCCCAAGCACACGACGCCCUUCUCCGUGUCCGACAUCCUCAGCCCCGUCGAGGAGAGCUUCAAGAAGUUCGGCGCCAUGGACGGCGCGCCGCCCUACCGGCCCCCGCCGCCCCCGGGCCCUGCGCAGGCGGCGGGGGGGAUGCAGCCGCCUCCUCACGCCCUGGCGGGACACUCCGCCACCACCGCCGCCGCCGCCGCCGCCGCCGCCGCCGCGGCCGCUGCGGCGGCGGCGGCGGCCGGCUACCCCAUGCCGCCGGGCGUCUCGCAGUUCCCCCCCGGCCCCGUGGGCGGCUACUGCAACGGGGGCAUCGGAAGCGUGGGCGACCUGCCCGCCUACCCGGACGGCGUGAGGGCCGGCGCGCCCGCCGCCCCCGCCUGGUACGGGGCCAACGCGGACCCCCGCUACUCCACAAUCUCCAGGUUCAUGGGGCCGUCCCCGGGCCUGAACAUGCCGUCCAUGGGCACGCUGACGGGCAUGGCGGAGGCGGCCAAGUCCCUGGCGCCCCUGCACGCGGCGCCGCGGCGGAAGCGCCGGGUCCUGUUCUCGCAGGCGCAGACGUACGAGCUGGAGCGGCGGUUCAAGCAGCAGCGGUACCUGUCGGCGCCCGAGCGCGAGCACCUGGCCGGCCUCAUCCACCUGACGCCCACGCAGGUCAAGAUCUGGUUCCAGAACCACCGCUACAAGAUGAAGCGGCAGGCCAAGGACAAGGCGGCCCAGCAGCUGCAGCCGGACGGCGGGGCCCCGGGACCGCAGCCCGCCCCCGCCCCUGCUGCCCCUCCUCAGCCGCCGUCCCCGCGCCGGGUGUCCGUGCCCGUGCUGGUGAAGGACGGGAAGCCGUGCCCGGCCCCCGCCCCCCCGUGCCCGCGGCCCCCGAGCGCCGUCCGCCAGCCGCCGCCGCCGCCGCCGCCCGAGCUGGAGGAGCUGGCCCCCAGCCCCCCGGACCUGCACGGCACCGCCGCCGCCGCCGCCUUGGCCCCCAUCGACGCCGCCGCCGCCGCCGCCGCCGCCGCCGCCGCCGCCGUCGACUACAGCGGAGCCAUGGGCAACCCCAACCUGCUCUAUGGCAGGACGUGGUGA